CAGUGUCUGCUCGUGUCUUUUACUUUGACAGUCUGGAUGUGGCCGCAGAGCAGCGGAGCGCAGCUUCAUUUCUGCGCAUUUUCUGAUUCUGCUGAACGAACCCGCAGCUGGAUCCGGAUCAGCACCGGAGACGAGGAUCCGGACCGGCUCAGACCGAACCGAGCAGAGUCGAACUGAGCCGAACCAAGCCUGGGCCAGAAUAAGAACCUGAACUAACAGACAGAGACAGACGGGCUUCAUCUCCUCCUGCAGAGCCGAGCGGAGUCUUCCUCACCGAGGAGGACAUGCUUUGUGUCCAGCUCCUUCAGGAUCAUCUGACCCAGGAUCAGUGAUGCUGUUUGCCUGCGUUUCACUGUUUGUGUGACGUCUACAGAGAGUCAAACCUGUCAGGUGGAUCCAACAUGGCCGCCGUACGUGGAGCUCUGUCAGCGUUCACAGUUUGUCUGUGCGUCCUGCUGCUGCUGCCUGCUGUGAAUGGUCUUCAGUCUGAGGAGAGGGAGUGUGCCUACACUGACCACCUGCAGGAGGCGGAGCCUCACAGCGGACUGACCAAUGGAGUGGUGCGAGAGAACGGCACGGUUCGCUGCAGCAGCGGCUCCCGCUGCUAUGGAUUGUGGGAAAAAAGACCAGACGGUGAAAUGCACCUGGUGAAGCAAGGUUGUUGGACUUAUAUCGGCGACCAGCAGGAGUGUCAUGGCGACCGUUGCCUGGUAACGGCAACACCCUCUCAGAUCCAGAACGGCAGCUACCGUUUCUGCUGCUGCAGCCGAGACCUCUGCAACACCAACUUCACCGAGGCCCCGCCCACCGCCGACACCCCGGCCCUGAGGCUGAUGGACGACGGCCAGACAGAUCACCAGCCGCUGAGGCGGGAGGAGACGGCCCUCAUCGCCCUGGUAACCGUCGCCAUAGCAGCCAUCCUGAUCAUGGCGCUGUUCCUGGGAUACCGUAUGAUCAAAGGGAAACAGAAACACAGUCUGUCUGCACUGGACGUGAUGGAGGCAGCAAACACAGAGUCCACCGUCGACCUGGACAAUCUGAAACUGCUCGAGCUGAUUGGUCGAGGACGUUACGGCGCCGUGUUCCGCGGCAGCCUCAAUGAGCGCUGCGUGGCCGUCAAACUCUUCAGCUCGUCCAACCGGCAGAACUUCGCCAACGAGUGCUCCAUCUACUACCUGCCGCUGCUGCAGCAGCACGACAACAUCGCCCGCUUCCUGACCGCCGACGAGAGGACGACGGCCGACGGACAGCCAGAGUUCCUGAUCCUCAUGGAGUACUACCCCCACGGCUGUCUGUCUCGGUACCUGUCUCUCCACUCAGUGGACUGGUUGACCUGCUGCAGGAUGACUCAUGGUGUAACCAGAGGACUGGCCUUCCUUCACACUGAGCUCUACAGAGGAGAUCAGUAUAAACCAGCUGUGGCCCACAGAGACGUGACCAGCAGGAACGUUCUGGUCCGAGCUGACCUGUCCUGCGUCCUCGCCGACUUUGGUCUAUCCAUGAAGCUGACGGGAAACCGGCCCUGUCGCCCUGGAGACGAUGACACCAUGGCGAUAUCUGAGGUGGGGACGGUGCGGUACAUGGCUCCGGAGGUCCUGGGCGGAGCUCUGAACCUCAGGGACUGCGAGUCAGCGCUGAAGCAGGUGGAUGUUUAUGCUCUGGGUCUGCUCUACUGGGAGAGCUUCAGGAGGUGCUCAGACCUGUUCCCAGGUGAAACUGUACCAGAGUACCAGCUGGCGUUCCAGGCGGAGCUCGGGAAUCAUCCGAGCUUUGAGGAGAUGCAGAUCCUUGUUGCCAGAGAGAAAUACAGACCCAGAUUUCCCGAAGCGUGGAAGGAGAACAGCCUGGCGUUACGUUCCCUGAAGGAGACGAUGGAGGACUGCUGGGAUCAGGACGCUGAAGCUCGACUCACCGCUCAGUGUGCAGAGGAGAGACUGUCUGAACUCACACUGCUGAGUACACACACCGCCAUACAGAACCACAGGAAUCUAUCUCAUGGCCGCUGGUCUCCUCUGGUUGGCUCCGCCUCCUCCUACAUUGAGGAUCUGCAGGUGGGCGUGGUCAAAAAUCUCCAGGGUGAUGGCCACUCAGCAUCUCUUGUUAAGAUCACCACGAGUGGAGCAGAAGGUGCAGAGAAGAACAGGAACUCCAUCAACUAUGAGCGACAGCAGGCUCAGAGUCAAGCUCGGUUGUCCAGUUCAGACAGCAGUGUGUCAACCACAACCGCCCUGACACCUGCCACGGUCCUCUGCACCAUCACAGAAUCUGAACAUGCCGGUGGUGCUGUGCCCAGUGUCCCCGUCUGCCUGCAGCUGACAGAAGAAGACCUGGAGGCCACCAAGCUCGACCCAAAAGAGGUCGAUAAGAACCUGAGGGAAAGUUCUGAUGAAAACCUGAUGGAACAUUCACAGAAACAGUUCAGUUCAGAGCCACAAACCACCAAGCUGCUGUACCAUCAGAUAUUACAAACCGAGGCAAACAACUCUGCGUCAACCCCUCAAGGUGAACUGAGUGGUGUUGCCAUUGAUAAUCUUCCUUCCUCCUCCAUCCACGCUCUCCCAAAACAGCAGAAUCUGCCCCAGAGACCCACCAGCCUCCACCUCCUCCCCAAAACGAAGGAGACCACCUCGGCCUCGUCUCGACUUAAGCUGGGAAAGCUCAAGUCAAACCACAGACAGGUGGAAACAGGCGUUGCCAAGAUGAACACAGUAACAGUCGCCGCAGCUGCAGAGCCCCACCUGGUUACCACAGUGACCAACAACACCAGCACAAGAGGCAGUGGCACAACUGCGAACCCCUCGAUAACAGUGGUCACCAGAGGCUACAAUGCGGGGGUCCCCACCCUGGUGACGAAUGGUAUGAUAGGCGGGGGUCGGACCAAUCCAGCAGGACCACAGCUGGAAGACGAGGACAAGAUGGAGGGAGGGAUGAUCGGAGGAGAAGACACCCAUUUGAACUUACUCAACUUCAGUCCUGAUGAACACGAACCACUGCUGAGGAGAGAGCAGCCACCUGCCGAAAGCGAACCCCCUCCACAUCUGCAUCAUCAGUCACGAGCUGGAAACAUCCUGUCAGGACGAGGUUCAAACUCUAACAACAACAACAACAGGAUGGCAGUGGGAUCAGAGGUCAAGAUCCAGGGUUUAGAGGUUAAACCUGAAAGGAUGACGGGUUCAGACGUCAGUCAGGGCAGGGACAUCAGUCCUAAACCUGAUCCACACCCUGCAAGUCAUCAGAUUAGUGGAUCCCCUGCUGCACUACUUUCAAAUCUGGAAGAUAAGAUUCUGCUUUCUGGUCCAGCAGGACCAGCUACACCUGGCCUCACCUUAUCACCUCAGACCUGUCCCACUGCCCAGGAUGGAGGCCAAGGCUCAGAUACAGGCUCAUGUCUCCAGAAAGCAACUGUUGCAGAACAGGUAUCAGCCUCUGGACAUACGCAGAAUACAAAGGCUUAUCUUGCCCACUCUACGGCUGCUGCUGAGCUCCCAGGCUGCAGAGAUACAGAUUCUGGCUCAACAAAAGUCCCAGGAACCCCAGCUUCAAAAGCACAAGAUCCAGCCCCUGAAGUCUCAACCUUAUCUUCAAAAGUUGAAAUUUUAGAUACCCAAACCUUUGCCCAGAAACCCUCAACUACAGAAAUUCCAGCACUUGGAGUUCUUGCCUCAGAUCCAGAAGCUCCAGUUGGGAACAUGGAAGCUCCUCCUCUAGAGGUUCCAACCUCAGAGAAUCCAGAACCCCCAGUUUUGGAAUCUCAAGGUUCAGAAACCACAACUCUACGAGUUUCAGCCUUAGAUCAGGUGGAACAGACCAAGGCCAGGAGGCCCGAGCGUCCCUGUUCUCUGGACCUGUCCUCAUCCUGCAUCUCAGAUGACAUUUCUCAGACAGAUAAUGGAAGUCUGAGUGCUUCAGGAGAGAAAAUAAAACGUCGUGUUAAGACACCGUACACUCUGAAAAAAUGGCGUCCAGCCUCAUGGGUUGUUUCCACGGAUACAGCUUUAGACCCGGACUUUGAGUUCAACACCAGUGGCAGUAGCAGCAGCCAGACCCACUUUUCUUCUGGUCUUCAUAGAGCAGGAAGCGUUGGCCUCCCCAAAAUCAACCAGUCAAAAUCCAGCAUGGCUGUCUUCUUGGUUGGCAGUGGAGCCACUGCGACCACAACCUCCGAGCCGGAUGGGAUGACCUGCUUCUAAAGUUGCAAAAUUAUAGAUUUUCUUUUCUUAAAGGAGACUGGAUUCUUUUUUUUUCACUUCUUUGUCUUCCUUAUCUUUUGUUGUGGAAAAGAGAUCACAGUCAGCCAUGCCAUUCAGCCUCCUCAGCACUAAACUGAACCAAAUGCUAAACCAGAAACAAAGGAGGAACUGGUUCACAAUAAAAUGCUUUGAUUUAACAACAUCACAGCACAUGAACUCCAACAGACUGUAGAAGCUGUUUAUGAAAUUCAAAAAGAGUUUGGGUUUGGAUUUCUUAUGGUGUCUACGUUUUCUUGAUUCAGCCACUUUUUUAAGGAUUGUUGCCAGAUGGCCCUGUCCUGUUACCAUUUGACCUCAAACUUUCAACUUGGACCAUGCCUAAGUAGCGCAAAUGCCCAUAAUGUCCAAAAUCUAUUUUUGUUGAUGGUGUAUAGAGGUAAUGCCCUAAUUUUACAAUGAUUGGCUCAUGUUGCUGACUAGUUUUGUGGCUAAUAGGUGUGGACACUUGUUUUUAGGUGGCCUCAACCCUAACAAACUAAUUUUAAGUGAAGGAACCUCUUUUUGAUAUACCCUCUGACUCCUACUGACUUGCCUGUGGUUGACAGAUGUGGCGUUGACCCUGCGUGGGAAACAACAUUGGAGGAGCUCAAAAAUCUCAGUUGGUGGUUACAUAAAGAUGGUCCUUUGUGGUAGGCCUUUGGACUCACGAUAAAGGAGCGAUUCCCUUACUCUUAGAGGACUGGGUCCCGUCACACCUAGUGGUUAUGGCCAGCUGCUCGUGGAUGUGGCCAAUGAUAACAACAUUGUGCAGGGGUUCAAAAAUCUCAGUUGGUUGUUGAGUGAAGACCAUGGGGUCCCAUGGACUCAUCUGUGAUUAGUAGAUGUAGCCUGUGACUACUGGUUUACCUGACUGGAAGACUGAAUUGCACAAGACUUCAAAAUGUCUUUCUGUUGGUGUUUAGGUUAAGGGAGCUCCUUUGUCGUAGAUAUUUGGGCUUCAGCUGUGACUCGGCUUAUAGAUGGGGUGAGUCAGUGUGACCGGAGGGGAUUUGUUCAAGUGAAAUGUCAGAUUUUUUUACGCACUUUAAACAAAGUUAGUGUUAUUUAGGAAACUUACAAACCUUAUGAAGGACAGCUUGUGCAAUCACAGUAGUAACAAUGAAGACAUUUCUUCUCUCUGUUUGUGUUCUUUGUGUCUUUGUACAAUGUCUAGUAUGAUUUGAAAAAGAGUUUUGCUUUAAACCCUGAAUCUAGCUAUGCAGUCAGCUCAUGAUGCCUCCUCCUGUUGACAAUGUGUUUGGCUCAGAUAUAUUAACAGAUUGACAACAUUACUGUCGGAGGAUAUUUAUUACUUUAAUUUGCACUUUCUUUUAUGAACUGCCUUGUGAGGUCUCGCUGUGACCCACGAUGUCAGGGCUGGAAGGACAGAGGAAGUCGAAAAGAGAAAGGAGAAGAAAUCAAAAGAGACGAGCCACGGUUCUGUGGAGUUUAUCAAACCUUGAAACCUCGGCCACGAACAACCUCCUCAGGAACCUUAACAACGCUGAUGCAGGCUGGAGCACUCACAGUUUUUGUGAAGGUGAGCAGGAGAUAAGGAAAGAUGGGGAGCAGUCUGUCUGAACUGCCAGAUGGAAGAAAGUGAAGGACUGAAACUGGACUGAUUCGAUCCAACAGACAAAAUACGCCUUCGAACAACUCCAAAGCUGUCUUAUUCUCAUAUUCUGCUGUUAGCCAUCCAGAAUCAGUUGGAUUUUAAAAGUAGAUUUAGGACAGAGCUCAAGCCUGCAUUGAGAUACCAGUUUCUGAGGAACACUGGUAAAACCUAAAGGUCUAGUGCUUUUUCUGAUCAUCUUACAAUGUCAGACAGUGUGUUAGAAACUAACAGAAAUUGUUAAUUAAAGAACAAUUUUAAGAACUUGCUGAAAAUUGGCAUAGUUUGAUGAAUUCAGCAUCUACCCACAUGAUCCACAGCACUUUAUUUUAGUAUAACCACAGUAUAAACUGACCCAAACUGCUUGCCAUCCACCAGGUGUUAAAGACACUGAAAACUAGUUCUUUUAGUUCUCAUAAAGUCCACGAUUCUUUGUGUAAGUGGAUCAGUUUAUAACUGUUUAUAUUUUUAUGUUGUUAUUUGCAAGGUAUAUGCAUUUAGUAGUACUAGUAGUAGUAGUUGUAGUAGAAGUCGAAGUUUUUUAAAUUCCUGAUUUUUUGAAUGGAGUUUGGUGUGAAAAACUGGUGAUCUAAAGACUGAAUUAUCAAAUGGUGAAGUGUCACCCCGUUUUUGUCUUUUCCUAUAUUUAUUCAAACAAAAUCUUUAUCUAAAACAAUAAAACAGCAAAGUUUUUUUUCUUGAAAAAAGUGACUCAGUCACAUUUUAUUUAGAAUGAGUGAUUUUUAUAAAGGCCAAGUUGUAAUGAUUUAGACUUGUAAAUGUAUGUAUGUGACACACCUGUAACAUUUAAACCUUUCAAGAUGCUUUCUGUAAGUUUUUUCUAUCACUACAUAGCUAACGUUAGCAUCAACAGCUGUUUACUCACCAAGAGCUUCAGCCAUCAUUGUAUUUACAUGACUAGAGGUUAGAAUACGUCCUCUGGGCAGAGCAAAUUCUUCAUCCUCGCAUGUUGGACUGAAGACAGACUGGCCGCUACAGUGACUCACUAUCACAAAUUGGUAUUAGGGAACAGGCCAAGGCUAGCUGUUUCGCAUGCUAACUUGUGUCGAAGAAAAUAAGUGAUGGAAGCAAAACAAGAGUAAACAUUGGCGUUCCUUUCCCCUGCUGGACACAGCUCUUGCUGAGUGAAGAAAUUAAAUUUGAUGCUGAACUCACAAUGUUUCUUCUAGACUCGUGAGUAAAAAGCUGUUAAUGCUACUGUUGGCUAUGUAGCGAUAGCAAAAAUGUAACAUAGCUUCUUACAAUAAGUUAUUAACAUUUUGUAAGCCUUACAAGCAUUGUUGUUUUCUGUCCUUUUCCUGUUCAUUGUUCAUUGUUUUAAAUACAAAUUUGCGUUAAAUAUUGUGACGCUAAUAUAAUGAACUGCCAUAUAAACAUUGUUAUUUAUAUCAUACUGUUAUUUUGAUUUUUUUGAAUUUUAGAUGCCUUAUAAGAUGAAUUUCUGUUUUGUUAUUUUUGUAUUUUCUACUGUUUGUACUGUUUUUAGACAUGCUAAUAUGUAAAUGUGGAUGUGCCCUGAGAAUUACCUGUGUUACAUCAUGAAAUGUGUGAGGGCAGAUUUGUGUCGUGACCUGGUUCAGGGCUAACUGUGCUCCAGAUCCAGGCCUGAGUGUAGAUCUCAGACCAAACGUGGCUCAUCUACAGCCACAAAGCUAAAACUGAAGUCUAGUGCCAGGUUGCAAACUGUUCCCUGGAACCAAGGCUAACGUAUGAAUUUUAAACAGUGAUUUUAUCUGCCUCUGAUUCUUUCUUUAUGGUAUCUGAGAGUGAUUUGAGAACUUUAGAUGUUCAGACUGAGAACAAAACAAAUUUUUAACCUGGCAUCAAAUUUUAACCCCAAACACCCAGUGUUCAACGUCACAGACAUUCAGGUCAAACCUUGAUGUAAAACUCAGCAUUUCUUCUUCAUUUCUUUUUUAUUUUCCUUCAGUUUCUCUCUUCUUUUCCUCGCAUCUCUGUUAGAUCAUGAAUUUUAGGCAAACAGCUUUGGAAUAAGCACAAACAUUUUCAUUUCUACAACUUAAGAGUUUUACCCAGUCUUUAUAAUGAGGUUCGUCCAGUUCUAGGGAAUAAUUUACCAUCCAGUCAUUGUUACUGUCAUCCAGGUCAAAGUAGUCUUAAGUGCUAGAGCUGAAGGCAGCUGGACUUCUCUUAGGUUCCUUCUUCAGCUCCGGAGAAGCCUUGCAGAUGAGAGGUGAAAUGUCUUCAAGGAAUCUAAAAGAAGUCCAGUUGCCUUCGACUCAUAAGACCACUGUCCAAAUCCCAAAAGACAAUGUCAUCAUGUCUCUCAUCUUCAUUAGCAAACAACACAUUUACCGAUCAGCCUCCACAUUGAAACCACCUGAUAUUGUGUAGGUCCCUCUCAGCCUCUGAGAGUGUCCUGUGAUGUCUGGUACCAGGACACUGACAGUGGAUUCUUUGGAUCUUGUGGGUUCUGAGGUGGGGCCUCCAUGAAUCUGGCUUGUUCUGGAUCAUCCCUCUGAGUUUGGAGGCCAGGUCAACACCUUGGGCUCUUUGUCGUGUUCCUUGAGACAUUUCUGAACAGUUUUUGUGGUGUGGUGGGAGCACUGUCUUCAUGUUAGAGUUUUACUGAACUCGUCUUUCUCGAGGGUCGAUCCUGAGAUCUUCUGUGAGCUGAAAUAUUUUGUCACUGAACCUGUAAAAUUUGCCUUGUUUCUGGGUCUGAACACUUAUCCAGACUAAUCUUGAAAUGUGCCAGAAAGCGCCGUACACUGGUGGGUUAUCCCUUUAAAGUCAUUUACUGUAGCUUAUAUAGUCGUCAUAAUCCUCAUCUACACGUCACCUGUACUAUUACUACAUUUAUUAUUAACAAAUUUAACCACCUUAAGCUUCUUGCAUGAAAAUAUCACACCACUAAACCGUCACUUGUAUUAUUUCUGAUUAUUUCUCUUUGGCUCAUAAACUGUAGACAUGUUUUAAAAUUAAUUUCAUAUCCUGGUUACUGUAUGUAAAACAGAACAGAUGCAGUAUGAAGUAUGGAGUCUCUGCCACGGCUAACAGUGUAUUUGUAGAUUUUAAAAAAACAAACAAACAUAAUAUUUGACUGAAGUUUAACUGCUGUAUGUCCUCUGGUUCUCACGAUCCCGGGACGUUUGGAUUUCCCCCAUCUGUUGGUGAAUAUUCAAUGUAUUUCUUUGCUGAUCCAUGUGUAUUUAUGUAUGAUAGUUUACGGUAGUGUAAAUACUCUGUAUACAUUAUUAUACAUUGCAUACUUUCAUAUGGGACCAGUUACCACCACUGUAAACAGCUAGUGUUGUAUUCUGCUCAGCUCAAACCUCACAGUCCUUCUUACUGUUAACACAUAGUAUCUCUGUGCAUACACACACACAUACACAGUAUACUCACACAAAGCAUGUUGAACAGUCCUGCAGAUUCUAAGUCAGAGUUUCAUCCCAACAUGUUGGAUAUCCAUGUAGAGGAGAUGUCAUGAAAAAUAUCACAUGCUUCAGUUCAUCAUUAAAUAAAGUGCAGAGGAUCCAGA